AUGGUCCGAGGGAGACCCAAAAUCUCCGUGCCUCCGUGCCGAUUUUGUCACAUGACUUUUAAAAGGGUGGAACAUUUAAAGAGACAUGAACGCAUCCCCAAAAACAGAUCUCCAGCGCAAAAUAACGCCGACUUAUCGCAUUUACCCUCGCUCGUGCAGGAUCUUGAGCCUGCAGAGCAACAUCCAGCCCUCUCCGCCGCCACUGUAUCUGAAAGCGCUCUUGAUCCUUCUCCAUCUACGGAGCUCCUUCAACAAGAGACCUCCAUAGGCCUCGAUUUCGACUCUACGUACGAGUUUGAGUUGCUGUGGAACAACAGCAGUGACACGACUGACUUUCUGCCGACAAGUUUCUUUGAUACGGAUUAUUCACUUUCUCACAUUUGGCACCCUGAUAAUCUGCGGAUCCACAGCUCAAUACCCCCUCCUCCGGUCGACUACGGCAAUGAUGGUUCGCCCGCUAUGGAUUUGCAGGGCCCUCCCCCCUUUGGUUCGCUGUCAUCUCGGCUACCGCCUUUAGAGCCAGAUUCUUUAUCAUCGCGGAAUGAGAGACUUCCCCACAACGAGUUAGACUCCCCAACUGAUUUCGACCCUUCUGCGGACUCAAAAACCGGCUUCCCAUGGAACCUUCCUGUGGUCACAUAUGAAAGACUGUCUACCGCCAUUCAGUCUCACGAGAAAAUAUUGCCUCCAGAAUUUUCCAUCCCAUCGAGGCAUACAAUGUCCCGUUAUAUCGAGGGCUAUUUUCGAAGCUUCCAUGAGCAUUUCCCGUUCCUGCAUCCCCCAACGAUCAAAAUUGAUAUCUUGGCACCGGAGCUUCUGUUGGCAAUGGUUGGGAUCGGAGCAUUUUGCCGGGUAGAGAAGGGAAAGGGGUAUGAGCUUUACCUGGCCUCCAAAGCAAUUUUCACACAUCGUCUUGAACAGCAUACCCGCAUGGGCGUGGUAAACAUUGCAAGCAGCUCAGCCAGUGGUGAUAAAGUGGGGUUCCAUGCAUUAAACUCCCUGAACGUGGAAGGUGGAGUGGAGAAUAGCGGGUGCCGUGUCGGUCCAGAUGCAUAUUCGUCUCCGCACUCACUGCAGACACUACAAACACUCAUAAUACUGAUGGCAAUGGCAGCUUGGGCAGAUAUUCCAGCCGUGCGUGAUGCCUUGGCAAUGAGUAGCCAGUUUGCGAUGCUUACCCGGGAAGCUGGACUGUCUCAGCCGGACGAAAUUAUUGGGCGGUGCCCUUGGAUGGAUUGGAUCCUUCGAGAAGAACGCCGACGGACCCUUUUCGUGUCCUAUAUUCUCUUGAAUCUUACCAGCAUUACUUUCGAUGUACCUCCACUUCUCGUGAAUAGCGAAAUUCGACUUUCGCUCGCCCACUGUAACACAGAGUGGGUAAAAGUGUCGGCAAUCGAAUGGCAGCACACCAGAGAAACAUGCGGCCACAAUGAGCGCCAGUUUCAGUCCACUUUAAAAGAAAUGCUUGCCGGACGGGACGUGCAUCAUGAAGAGCCUCUUUCUGCGCUUGGAAACUAUGCAUUGAUAAAUGCCAUAAUCCAAAACAUCUAUUUCGAACGGCAAGCUGCAACUGAACACACCCUGCGUCCGGAUGUGUUGAAGAAGUAUGAAAGUGCUCUUCAAGUCUGGCAAAGAUCCUGGGAAGCCACGCAGGAAACUUCACUGGACCCCUCUUCUCCAAGUGGGCCUCUUGGAUUUAACUCAGCAGCCUUGCUCAGACUCGCAUAUCUCCGUCUGAACGCAAACCUCGGGCCCUGUCGUAACCUAAUAUCACAAGAUCCGAAAUACAUCGCGCAGUCUAUCAUAGGAGAUAUCUCUCCAUUAUUCACGCGUUCUCUUCACGUUGAUCGGGCCAUACUGCAGUGCAUUCACGCCCUUAGUAUUCCAAUUCGAAUCGGUGUUCCCUUCGUCGCUUAUACGCAGUCUGUGAACGAGAGCAUACAACACCCUCUCUGCUCACUAGAAUGCGCGAUUUUACUCAGUCGGUGGUUAGGGAUGAUCUCAGAUGCCGUACACAUCACGGGGCUGGACUCUCUUCGAGAAGAUGAAAGAAAGUUACUUGGUAUGAUUGCAAGCCUGAUUAAGGAAACGGACAUGGCAAGUACGCUAGAUAAGAAUGACACAGACAGCCACUGUAUCCGUCGCAUGGCUGCGAGUGUAGUCCGAUUGUGGGCUGCGACCUUUCGAGGGAUACAUGUCUUCGAGGUUGUUCGAGUCAUUGGCGAGACGCUUUCGACACUGGCUGAUAUCCUCGAAGGGAAUCUCAGGCAAUAA